AUUUCUUUUAGGGCUGACGGGAAUAAGGCCUAUUUAUUACAAAUAGGUUCUGAAAAGGUCCCUGUGUACUGUCACAUGACAAGUCUUGGCGAAUGUGGUGGAUAUGGAUGGACGCUGGUUAUGAAAAUGAAUGGCUCAUUAGUAUGUACUCAGGUCUUGUAUGGCUCUCAGGUCUUGCGCGAGAUGUUCAGUGAAAAUAGUAAACUGCUUUUACGAUUUCCCAUCGCUAGAACAAAACUACUUUUGGCGUUCCAAGAUUCGUUUGCUUCAUUUAUUUAGAUCUCAUUAGAGCUUUUUCAUUGACCCUGAAAACAAACAAAAGCCACAAUUCGGGGUCUUGCGAUCCUAUGUUUGUUUUCGUUAGGAUCGGAACAGAUUAUGAACCAGUUUCGAUAUACCCGAAUAAUCUUUUAUUUUUGCAUCCUUCUACAUUUGAAAAUCAUGAUUCACUCAGGUCUUGCGCCAGGUAAACUUUGUAAUUAUGAAUUAAUUUGAUCAUACCAUGUCUAGAGAACGUUCCAUUAUGAUGACGUCCUGUGGAGCAAUUACAAACCUUUCAACCUUGAAGGAGGAAAGACUGGGUUUGACUCAAAUGAGACAAAGUUACCGACUUACUGGGACACAUCUUUCACCAGGAUCUGUCUCGGUAUGAAAAUCGGCGAACAGGAAAACUUUACUGCCAUUAACAAGUCGGCUAGCUCGCUAUACUCACUCAUCGCCGAUGGGAAAUACCGCGCCACCUCACUGGGUCGUAAUACAUGGAAGAAGCUGAUUGGCUCACGAGCCUCUCUGCAGCGGAACUGCAACAAAGAAGGGUUCAAUGCGGUUGGCGAAAAUCACUCUCAUUCGAAAGCAAGAAUCGGUUAUAUUGCUAACCAAGAAAAUGAUUGUCGUACUUGUGAUUCCAGAAUUGGAUUUGGUACUGGGGGAUAUCACGAUGACUUCAACACGUGUGGUAACCAAGCAACGCAUAACCCAGAUAACGGCAACAGACAUAUUAGAGCUAUGGGAUAUAUUUUGGUGCAGUAA